CAGCCGGCGCGGGGCCUGGCGGGGCGGAGCGGGGCCGGGCCGGGCCGCGCCGGGCCCACGGGAGCCGAGCGGGGCCGGACGGAGCGGGGCCGAUAGGAGCGGGGCGGAUUUAUGCGCUGCGAGCGGGGCCGGGCCGGGCGGCUGGAGCGGCGGCGGCGGCGGCGGGCGGGAGCAGCAUGGGUGUGAUAGGUGUACAGUUGGUGGUGACCAUGGUAAUGGCUAGUGUCAUACAGAAGAUCAUACCUCAUUAUUCUCUUGCUCGUUGGCUUCUCUGCAGUGGCAGUUUACGAUGGUAUCAACAUCCUACUGAAGAAGAGCUACGGAUUCUAGCAGGGAAACAAAGAGGGAAGAGCAAAAAAGAUAGGAAAUAUAAUGGUCAUAUUGAAAACAAACCUCUAACCAUUCCAAAGGACAUUGAUCUUCAUCUGGAAACAAAGUCUGUGACUGAAAGGGACACUAUAGCAUUGCAUUACUUUCCUGAGUAUCAGUGGCUGGUGGAUUUUACUGUUGCAGCUACAGUUGUGUAUGUGGUGACUGAAGCCUAUUACAGUAUUGUGAAGCCCUCACAGGAAAUGAAUAUCAGUGUAGUGUGGUGUCUGCUUGUCUUGGCGUUUGCAGUUAAGGUACUGUUUUCAUUGACCACCCAUUAUUUCAAAGUGGAAGAAGGAGGUGAAAGAUCAGUCUGCGUCACCUUUGGCUUUUUCUUCUUUGUGAAGGCAAUGGCAAUUUUGAUUGUGACAGAAAACUAUCUAGAGUUUGGGCUGGAAUCAGGAUUCUCAAAUUUCUCGGAAAGUGCUAUGCAGUUUCUUGAAAAGCAGGGUUUGGAAUCACAGGGUCCUGUGUCUAAACUAACCUUCAAAUUGUUCCUGGCUGUUCUGUGUUCACUUAUUGGUGCUUUUUUGACAUUCCCUGGCUUGCGACUGGCUCAAAUGCAUCUGGAUGCUCUGAAUUUAGCAACAGAAAAAAUAACACAAACGUUGCUACAUAUAAACUUCUUGGCACCUCUAGUUAUGGUUCUUCUGUGGGUAAAACCAAUCACUAAGGACUACAUUAUGAACCCGCCUUUGGGCAAAGAGAGCAUACCUUUAAUGUCAGAAGAUACAUUUGACACCGUGAGGUUGUGGAUUAUAAUCCUGUUGUGUGCUCUGCGGUUGGCUAUGAUGCGCAGUCAUUUGCAGGCCUAUCUGAAUCUAGCCCAGAAAAGCGUGGAUCAGAUGAAAAAGGAAGCUGGCAGAAUAAGUACAGUUGAUUUACAAAAAAUGGUGGCUCGGGUAUUCUAUUAUCUUUGUGUGAUUGCACUGCAGUAUGUUGCACCAUUGGUGAUGCUCCUUCACACAACUCUGCUUCUGAAAACACUAGGUAAUUAUUCUUGGGGCAUCUACCCGGAACUGAAUUCUGACACUCCAGUAGAAAACAAUCUGCUUCCCAAUUCAGUUUAUUCUGAAUCUCCACCUGCUGAUGGAAAGAUGAAAGUAACUGUAGUACAAAUAACAAUGGCUUUGGGAAGCCUAAAGAAUAUUUUCACUCCUCUCCUGUUCCGGGGACUCCUGUCUUUCCUUACCUGGUGGGUUGCUGCUUGUCUCUUUUCUACAAGCCUUUUUGGGCUUUUCUAUCACCAGUACCUGACUGUGGCAUGAACAGAUCAACUGAUAAGUACAACGUCAAAUUCUAGAUACAAACCCAGGUACCCAAGAGGAGAUGAAGAUAAAAGAAGAAAGCUAUAUAUGAAGAGAAAACAUAUCAGAUUUUUUUAAAAAACUCUUCCUCUGUGUUCUCAGGGUGAAUAUUCUUAAAAUGUUUAAAAUUACAACUGGGUUUGUUAUUUUUGUUACCGAGAUGGUAGGUAACUAAUUCAAUUAUAGUAACAAGACUGACAUUAUUGUGUGGCAGGUGUUGGUGGCAUGUUGAAAAGAUACAACCUCUUUGUAUCUUGGUUUCCAUUGAGAAGAUGUCACCCUCAACACUUUGUGUUUUAAGAAUCAGCUGUCAGUGACUGAACUGUUUAAGUAGGCACUGGUUAUGCUGAUGAUGGCUGCCUAUUCAGUUAAACCUUGAAACUGAGCCAUACAAUGGAAUAUGAAAGGGGAUUUUAAAAAGUUCUGUUGGAUAGCUGUUGAUCACUUUUCUCCAUGAAAAAUGAAAUAAUCCAACAGGACAACAGAGAUACUGUAUAUUACAGUAAGAAAAGUUGUAUAAAAUUUAAAUUUAACAUAAGAUAAACGAGUGGACCUGGCAGGUAUUGCUGCCUAAAUAUUAUGCAGAAAUGCUUGCACAGUGAGAGGGGAAUUAUUAAAAAAAAAAAAAAUAUAUAUAUAUAUAUAUAAUACAGUCCCUGCAGUCAUUUUGAAGUAAUGGCCAUCUGUAUUGGUGCUAAUAUUGAUCCACAGAUUCCAUUUGGAUCUUUUAAAUUUCUUCUUUUUAGGUAAUAGUUAAAUUCCAUUGAAUUCACAAAAUAAUAGACGUAGAUUAGUGACAGCAUUUAAACAUUUCAAAACAGUUUAAUCCUGCUGACUAAGAGUGUAUGUAUCUGUAAUGUACAUAUAAAUAUAUAUUAUAUAUCAAAUAUAUAAUAUAUAUGAAGUUACAAAAUACGGAAUCUUUAUUUUAAAUUGCUGAAUGUAUAUUACAAGGCCAUGGGAGAGGUAUACAUGUGUAUCUAGUUAAUUCAAGAUCCCAUUUGAAAUGAAAAUUAAAUUUGUUGAAAGUUCAGUUGAAAGGGCUAUUUGAUUUUUGUGCCUCUACAAAGGUACUUAGCUAUACUAAAGAACUUAAGCUAUUUUGCAAGAAGAGAUCAACUUCAACUGUUAAUGUUGAAAUACCAGCUCUGUCAGAUUGUCUCCUUUAGCCAGUGUAAUCUGUGUUAACUUGGCCGUAUGGUAACAAAUAAUAUCUCUCAGAAAUAAUAUUUUUCUGCGUAAUAAACAGUUAUUGUAAGGAGGAGCAAAGCAUUAACUUUAAAAGUUUUGCUUCAGUGGAGGGUUAGACCCUACAUAUCAAACUGUUGUGAAACAAUGAAUUACAAUGUUUUAGAUGUUUUGUGUAGUUGGAGAACAAAAAUGGGGAUUCAUAUGUAGUAGCUUUUUUAAAAUGUUAAUAUUACACUGCAGAGUUCAGUGCUUUAUUUUUUUUUGACUAAUACUGGCUACUUUUCUGUUACCGUUCUUUUUCUCUUGAAUUUGUGCUUUGGCAUAUAAGCAUUUAUAAAUGGAAAAGCUUAAAUAUUUAAUAUGUUGCAAACCUGCCAUAUGGGAAAGCAGACUGUCCAUGAAUGCAGAAAAUUCAGAAUUUAAGCUGGUGAUAAAUUGUCUUGCUAUGUUGAAUGCCUUUUAAGUUAUUUAUUAGUUUAUUAAAUUGCAUUUGCUGAUACUAGGAGAAGAUUUAUGUACACCAGCUAGUACCUACUGCAUGCAUUUGGGAUGUCUUGAAACACCUUGCAUGAUUCAAAUGGUUUCAUUGCAGUGUAGUAUUUCAGUGCUAUUGGUGCUGCAAGCUUUGUUUUUUCACACCGACCUUUCAUAGUUAACAGGGACAAAGACUCAACUGUGUGAAUUAACCUAAAAAAUAUUUGACUUCAUAGGUUCAGGUCUUGAAACACUCCUAGGAAAUGUCAUUCAGAUGAAUAGAAUAACAAAUUAUAGCACUGGGGGAAGUAUUGUAUCUGUUAGUUCAAGAUAUAUCAUUAAUAUGAAAAUUAGUAAGGUCAGCUUUUUAAUUUAUAGGUAGGCAUCCAAUAUUGAUGUUUUAUUCUGGAGAAUACUAAAACAAUACAGUGCAGUUUGAUUCUGAUUGUGAACUUGGUCCAAAAAGCUCACUACGUGGAUGAGAUGUAUCCUAUUGCUGCAAUCUGAAGGACAGGAAUGAACUUCCAAUACUGGAGGAGACUUAAAAAUAACGUUAGAUAACAGUUUCCUUUGGCAUAGCUACAUAUUUUGAAAGCUUGUAGUUUGUAAAAGUGAACUGUAGUUACAUCAGCAGAGCUUUUGAUGAGGAAGCACACUGUCUUACUCUUCAGGUGUCGCACAGAUCACAUGGAAAAUAUGCACUUGGAUGUUGCUAGCAUUAAAAUCAGCACUUCUGUCCCUUGUUCCACAUUUUGUUGUUCCACAGAACAGGAUGGACGACCUUCUGGUCAGCAAUUAAUCUGAACGGGAGGUGGUCUUUCUUUGGUUUCACUUAAUCAUUACAUAGGUCUAGGAGGUUUACUAAAAACUAACAUACAGCAAUAAACAUCUUUGAAAUGUGACAGUGAAGCUAGAGGGAGUAUAUUGCCAUAGUUGUGAGCAGUACAUUUUACAACUACCUGAUAUGCUCAAAAAUGACUUUUAAAGUAAAACAGCAGCCUUGAUAGUCCUUACUUCCAUGAAUAUUAUUUGAGCCUCCAAGAAGUAUCUGCUCACUUGUUCAGGAAGCUCUUUUAAAUCAGCAACUGGCAAAUGCUUCCUCCAGUCCCUACACCCCCUCCCUGGAGAGCUUUAUCAGCAGCUUGGGGUGAAAAAAGCAGCUUACAGAAAUGGAAAAGCAGGUAAAACCUGUCAGAGAGGUUAGUAGUUUUUAUUCAGGAUUCUUAAAUACUUGUUUUUCCUCACUGCCUACUACAUUUCUGAGAGAUUUUAGAAGGAAAGAUUCUUUUGACAAAGAGUCAAAGUGUUUUUUUUUUUUCUUCCUUUUUCCUGAAUUCAGAACUCCUUUUAUCACUCCAGUACUGUGACUUGUUGGCCUGACACUUCUUUCCUUCGGUCCACAGCUUUUUCCUACAUUACCUACACAGAAAUGACAUAGCUAGAUUAGUCAAUGUUGCUUGUAUUUUGAUUUUUUAUUCUUUUGGUUUGGUUUUAAGUUUAUUUAUCAUUGCAGGAUAAGUCCCUUUAAAUAGUUUAAAUAACUCCAAAGUCCAGCUGAAAUACAAACUUGCCAACAGUUGGUUAAACACUGCACUUCUGUAAUGGAAAUCCCUUUAGACAAAGUUAGGAUAGUGCUAAAUCCAGGUCUUCCAGCAAGAUUCAGGGAAACCCAAGUGUAACACUUGCUCUAUUUCUGAGAUUAGAGAAAUUGAUUAGGUAUGAGAGAGGACUGUAACAAGCCUGUUCUUCCACUUUGCAGGUGGUGUUCUCAGGCAGCACUUGUCCUCCUUUGAUACCUUCUCAAGCUUUAGGAUUUUCCAGGUGUUGAAGGACCUGUAGCAAACUAGCUGUUUUUUUUUCCUCUUCCUUCAUGUUGAUUCUCUUGCAAGAGAAUCAACAGCUAAAGUAAUAAUGGAGAAACAGGUAUUAUCAACACAAGAGAAAUCCUUGUACAGACUGAUGUGUUUUAGAAAAUUAAUUUCUAUGGCAAUUGAUCUUUCCCUUCUGUUAGUUGCAAAUACUGGAAGACAAGUGAAUAGAGAUGUAUCCUUACCUGGAUUGUAAAGUCAAACUCACCAACAAACGAAAGUGUCAUCAAGAUAUAUCAGCACAGCAAUUAGGUAGCAUAAUUUCAACGUAUAGAAUGGGUAGUGAGUACAGAGGUUUCAAGUAACUUCAAUGAAAUAAUUACAAGUUUGUUUACUGUGUUGUAGCUAACUACAGCUAAACGGCAACAGAGGUCUUGGAUUUAAUGCAUGAAAAAUUUAAACUAUCUUAAAACCUAUAGAAAUCUUACAGAAGGCCCUACAAGAUUAAAUGCCUUGUACAUUUUUAUUCUUAAAAAAACUAUUGUUUUGAGCACUAGUUUGUUUUUCAUGAGAGAUUUUGGAUGGUUUUGAAAAGUUAUACUUUCAGUUUUGCCAUUUGACACAAUUUGUGUAUGUUAGCCACAAAAAAAGUCAUCCCACAGAUAAUUUUGUCCCUACAAAGUAACUAGAAUGUUCUGGCUGUGACUGAAGAAUUAAGUGCACAGUAAAAAUGGGAAAUCAUGAAGGGAAGUAAGGCCAGAGAAAAUAGGAUUUCUCUUGGAGAAAUCUUUCUUUUAUGGCUAAGCAAAAUCUUAACAGCGGAGGGCAAAAGCAGGUUGUUUGGAUUUUAAGUGAAAUACUAAAGGUAAAUGUUUACCGUUAUGAGUAAAUAAGACUUUUUCCAGUACCUGCAGCCCAAGUCCUAAAUCCCAAAUGAUGAUUUAAGAACAAUGUUUUGACCUCGCUGUUAGUUGCUCCAAAGAGCAUCUAGACAACAGGUAUUGAAACCAAAUACCUGAUCUAGUUGAGCAAGCUGAUGCAGAGUAGUCAGUCUGUGCUGCAGAGUGAUUUCUUGAAAGGUCUGCCAUGCUUUGUGUCUUUGGCAGUGCACGUACUAAAAUUGACGGUGUAUCUAAUCUUCAUUCUCAAUACUAGACAGAAGAGUUUUCACUCUGUGGAAGAGAUAGUGAGACCAACAUGUUAUUUAAAGGCUGCUGUUACUGAAGUCUGUAUAUGCUGCACUUUUUCAGGUUUCUCGCUGUGGAUUGCCUGGAAGGUUAUGCUGUGCUGCACACUGUUUUGCAUGCCAGUGUAUUUGUGUUUUUAUUACUUUGGUUUCAGUGGCAUUUUUAAUGGAAAUUAUUUUUAAUCCUGUUAGCAUGGAACAUCUUUUCAUUUGUCAUUAAUACCAGCGCCUGCAACUAGAAGUCAAAUACUUCUACACUCAAUUUUUUUUUUUUGAACUUGGUGUCCAGGCUGGAGUGCUAACACGUACACAGUUUUAUAUUGAUUUGUGGAAUACACCUGUAAAUACCAAACUUUUUUCACAUCAUCACAACAUCAAUCCAGAAUAAGGGAGGAAGUCCAGGUUUGCAGUAUUUCAACAUACUGUGACUCUGCUAUUAAAACAAACAAAAAACAACUAGGUUUUACAAGUAGCUUUUUACAAACUCCUUAGUAGUAGGCCAUUUUUAUUUCAUUUAUUAUGCUGAUGAGUUUUUUUUAAGCCUGGCUUAAAAUAUCUUCUGCUAAAGUCAGCCUUUGUUCUCUUUUCCUUUGUUCACUUUCUCUGUUCACAAAUCAAAUUUUGCUUCCCAUGUAUAUUUUAAUUUUCAAGAAUGCAUAUUUAAAGUAUUUUUGAUAAAAAGCCAGGACAACAAUAAACACUCCAAAAA